AUGAGUUCGCAAACGAUACAGCAGAUGGAGUCCGCCCGGUCGCUCGCGUUAGGCGACGGUAGAUACUAUCCUACCAUCAUACCGGGCGUGCUCCCCAUCAUCGGCUACAGUGAAGACCAGAGCAUCGAGAUACAGCGAUGGGGUGCCGACUUUCUGGCCGAGGCUUUUUCGUCGCCAACAUGGCCUCAAGACGUCAAGCAGAACAGCGCGCCCUCUGUGCUUGCUACCCUGAAGGCCUACCUCGACAAUGUUGAAGACAAGAGCGUCAUCAAGAGCGCCAUCCAGGCGGCUGCCAGCGUUUACCCGCUUGUCUACAAACACAUUGUCUCCGACGCCAGCGAUGCGCAAAAAUGGCAACUCAUGGCCGGCAUCAAGUCCAACAUCUUGCGACGAAUGGAUGCAGCUGCGCCCGGUGUGCGGAUAUGUUGCGUCAAGUUCCUCCAGCAAGUCGUCCUGGUACAGACGCCGGGCGUUACGGACCCUAGGCCAUCUGAUCCCUCGCAGCGCGCCGACCCAAACGACAUCUCCCUCUCCCUCGUAUCCCGCGACCACCCCCUCAUACCCUACGCGAGCCUCGAGGCUGAAGGACACGGGCUGUUGGACAGGUUGCUGGAUAUCAUACACGGAGAUCACAGGUUAGAUAGACAGUUGCAGACUGCUGGAAUGCCUCUAACAGAGACUAGUGACGGCUUGCUUGUGACUGCCACACUCAACAGCUUGGGCAUGCUAAUCCACCGCCGCCCAAAUGUUGCAAAUAAGAUCUUGAACAGUGUCUUCAACUUCAACCCUCUCAAGCUCGCCAAUUCGCCCAUGACGCCCAAGAACAAGGUCAUCAUGAAGUCGAUUGAGCGUACAACAAGGGCACUGCUUGUGAACAUCAUAAAGAGAAACUCCCCAGAUAACCCCAUCAACGGGCGGAUACAGCAGUUCCUCGAACGCAUGCAUCGUAUACGGGUUGAAGUGUUCGAUGAAUCUAACCGUAAACGUCCUGCACCGGUUGAGCCUACUGAUGGUCUUGACCCAGCAAAGAGGCAACGGCUGGUUGCUGAGCCUCCAAGUCGCACGCCAUCCGUCCAGCCGCUACCGCCUGGUGAAGUGAGCUGGCGACAACUAUACACACUGAACGCUGAGGGCAGCACUGCGAACUUCGAUGUGCAAAACUUCAGAGAUCCCGAGCAAUUGCUGAGGAUAGUCGUGCCUGUUCUGCAGUCGGUGAACCCACAGAAGCUUGAACAAGCUAUCAACGCCGUCCGCGCUCGUUAUCAGACACUCAAACACACCGCACCAAGUCGCCCUGUACAGCCCCCACCGACCGCCGCCGCAGAAGACGAAGAAGAAUACGAGCCCGACUUCGAGCCCGAAGACGCUGAACAACUCAUCAACAAGCUCGAUGGCAUCCCCUCGAAUCCCUUCUCCUCACAAGGCGGACCGUCAACCGCGUUAGCACCCUACAAGCUGCCCGAGGCACCUCCGUUAUCAGAACAGGAUGUUCAGAAGUACGGUGACAUGACCGUACAUCGAGCCUUCGGCAUGCUGAGCAGUGUAGAUGAGACACAGAAGAGCAAAGUCGCUAAAGGCGGCUUCAACCGACUUGCGGCCACCGAUUACAACAGAGACGCCUGGGUCACUAUACUCUCUCGGCUAGCUACACGAGCCAGCGCUGGCCUAGACGACCCGGAAGAAGGCAUCAAAGAUGAAUACGCCGUUAAGAACGCCAAGGGCAAUAUGCGCAUCAGCGAUGCGGUAAGAGAUGGCCUGUAUCAGUACAUACUGUACAACUGGAAGUCUCGCAUCGACGUCGCCAUCUCAUGGCUCAACGAAGAAUGGUACAACGACAUGGUCCUCGCCGAGUCCGCCGAAGACACCGCUACAAACGGUUCCUCCAACCACCACACAUCGCCGAAGCCACCAGGGAACUACCAUCGCUGCGCCCUCCGCCUCAUCGACGGUAUCCUGCCCUACAUCGAACACACCGACAAAAUCAUCAUCCGCUUCCUCUCCGAGAUCCCUGCCAUCGACUACAGCAUCCUCGUACGUCUCAAGAAGAUGGCCGAAGACCCUGAGCGCAUCGACUUGGCGUGUAACACACUCCACUACCUGUACAUGUUCCGUCCUCCUGUCCGCAAGAUCGUCGUCGAUAUCCUGGCAGAGAUGUGGACGGAGAAUGAGCGGGCGAAACCUAGUGCGCAGAAGUUGUUGGUUAGAUGGAGACCGGAGGUACUUGGCGAUGGAAGGAGCGUCAGUAUGCCUACUAUGGUUAAGAACGAGAGUAGUGCGGGGGCUGGUGGGGAUGCGCAGAUGGUUAAGGAGAGCGCUAAUGGCGCUUUGGAAGUUAAGGCUGUUUCGUAG